CAAUAUGUCACAGGUGCACAGUUAAUUAAAACGUCCUGCUUCACCUGGGUUUUUUCAGCUAGUGUGCAUGUCAGGACUCAGCAGACAGAUGGUCGCUUUCAGAGGACUUUAUCUCAGAUUCUCCCACCUGGCAAAAGUUGGUGCAAAAAAGCAGUUCAGGAAAUAUGACAACUGGUGCACCACUGUCACUGGCAUCAUGGCAGACAAGAAGAGCCAGGCAGUGUCAGACGGAGAGUUGAACAUGUCUGCACGGGGCUGUGGAGGCAGCAGCUCCAGCUUACCAGGGACUCCGGGCGGAGAGGCCGGCCCAGCAAACAGUGUGCUGAGCUGGGCCGUCUCAUUUGAGAAGCUGCUGGAGGACCCAUUUGGAGUCCGCCAGUUUACGUCCUUCCUGAUGUCUGAGGUGAGUGCAGAGAAUAUUUUAUUCUGGCAAGCGUGUGAAAAAUUCAGGAAGAUCCCAGCCAGGUCUUUGGAUGAGCUGAAAGCAGCAGCUCGCUCCAUCUACAACACCUACCUGUCUGACAGCGCUCCGUACUCCGUCAACAUCGAUGACACAGCCAAGACGGAGGUGAAGGACCUGGAGCAGCCCACACCUCACAUGUUUAACAAGGCCCAAGCACAGAUAUUCAAACUGAUGAAGAUGGACAGCUACAGGCGCUUCGUGCGCUCCCCUCUCUACCAAAGCUGCACCUUGGGAACCGUAGGAGGUAAACUUGCUCCUCAGCUCUCUACAGAGCUGGUCCGCAUCGGAUCCUGGGAGGACGUGGCCACCAGAAGCCCCGUAAGUGACAAGAAGAAUAAGAAGUCAGACUCCAACAGCUUGCCAGGUGGCAAGACUUCCUCAGAAAAACAGGGACAGAAAAGAGGAUCCUGGGGAGAUGAAUCCAACAUCCAUGGUUCAGUCUCCCGGAAAGAGUCCCAUGUGUCGGUCAAAUCAAGCAGCAGUGUGGAGCUUGGCUCCCUCUACAGGCAGAUAGAGAAUGGCAGAUUGAGUCCCCGGUCUCCUGAGCAGGGUGGUGGAGGUGGGAGUCGGAUAGGGGUGGAGGGGGGCUACUGCUGUGUCUACCUGCCCGAUGGCAGUGCCUCGCUGGCCCCCACUCGUAAUGGCCAACUCAUCAAAGACAUGCUGGCUAGCCUGUGUGAGAAGAGAGGCUUCCCGCUGAAAGAUGUCAUAAUUUACCUUCAUGGCAAGGACAAGCAACCCUUAUCGCUUGAUCAGGACUGCUCAGUACUGAGAGAUCAGCAGGUCUCUCUGGAGCUCAGGGUGAUGUUUGCGCUGGAGAUUGCCUUCACUGGUAAGACGGUUGGGAUCAUGGUGAAGUCCAGUAAGACGCUGCAGGACGCUCUCUCUACCGUGCUGCAGAAACACAACCUCAAGCCGCAAGAGGCCGUGGUCACCAUGGUUGGAAGCGACGAGCCUGUGAACAUGACCGGCUCUGUGUUCAGACUGGCCAAUAAGACUCUACGGCUGGACAAAACCAAAGGAAGAGACCAGACCAACAGUUCAAGGGCUAGUGGUUCUGCUGCAGCCACACAGGCAGGAGCAGUGAGUGCAGGUGGGGUGGAGGCCCGAGCCAAGACUCAGUCCAAGCCCAGUAAAAACCGCGAAAUGGAGGGUUUUCUGGACAUGCUGACGAGGGCUCAGGGCUGCAGGGUUGAUGACCAGCGAGGCCUUUUGACCAAAGAGCAGCUGGAGGUCCCUAUGUUCCUGAAGCUGGCCUCAGAUCAGGGACGGGACCCGGAGCCAGACAAACCCAGUACAGACAGCUCCUCCAAUAAGGACUCCAAGGAGGCGUCAAGUUCAGUCGGAGCAGCGAAGGAAACCCCGGACUCUGCUGAAGCUAAAGACGUAAGGGAAACAGCAGUUUGAGAGACUUCUCUGUGUGUGUGGGAUGGAAAAAAGACACAAUUUGAAACUACAACAAACAUCUCACAAUGUCAUGAGACCAAUCACGUCGAAAGACAGUGAAAAAUAGUGAAGCACUUUUUAUUAUUGUUUACAAAGAAGCUCGGAGACCGCAGUGUUCUGUCAUCUCUGCUAUUGAUAAUUUGCCUCUUAAGGCAAUAUGUAAAGAAGAAAAAGGAUCAUUGUAAGCAUUAUGGUGUCAUUUUAAAACACUACAUAUGUUUAUAGGAAGAAUGUUUGCUAUGAAUUGUUUAAUGUAUCCAAAAUUGUUUUGAAAAUAAGUUUUAGCUCAACCCUGAAGCAGAUGUGUUUGCUUUAGUGUUCCCUGAUGUUUUACGCUGUACAGUUUGAAGUUCACAUUGAUUUACUUUGUCACAAUCUCACAUUGCAGUCAUGCUUUUCUUUGAACUCUAAACAAAGACAUGUUUCUGCACAGGACUGUCCAAAAGGGGGGUUUUGAAGGGUAUUGCACAAUUGUUUUUUUUCUUUAAUGGAAUUAAUAUUAUUGAAUGUCUUUUACUGAGAUGAGUUUUUAAUAUUUUAAAUUACUAAUUCUUAUUUUGUGUGCUUACUUGCUAUUUUAAAAUGUGUGCUUGUGGUACUUAAUGUAUUUUGUUUGCUGUGGUGGCACUUUGAGAAACCCUGGUCAAGUCCUGUUUUCCUGUCUCAGGGUUCAGAACAUGAAUUAGUAAUGUGAAAUUGAAGGGAAUGAAUCAGAUGAUGUGAUCAUCAAAAAAUAUCCCACAGGGUGUAUCCAAAGAAUUAAAGCAUUUUAUG